ACGACGAGACCCGCGUGGGGGAAGAGAGCAGCCUGCGCGUGCCCGGCGACGGCUACUUCGUGGACGCCUUUCGGUGGGCGCAGUGGCUCUUUUUCCCCUACUAUAAUCUCGCCAGUUGCCCGCCCCAGAUGCUCAUCGUUCCCGAGGACCCCCAGCCCUCGCGGUACCAGCAGGCGCCCUUGCGCUGCGCCGACAAAACGCGGCUCCUCUCCUCCAGCCGGCUCAGCCUGCCCGGGGGCCGCGCCCUCUGGGUCGGGGUCUUCAGCUCCGGCGAGGCGCUCCGAACGCCCACCUCCUCCGCCCUCUGCCUCUUUGACCUGCGCCAGGUGCUCGACCGCUCCCAAGGCUGCCGGCGCGGCUUCCCCGGAACCCUCGAGUGUUGCAACACAACACAACCAGUUAACUCACCUUUUCUGAAUCACUCUGAUUUGGUAUCAGUUUAUGCCACUGUGAUUUUGAAAACACCAGUUUUGUUUUUGAGAACAGGAAAUGGACAGUUACUGAAGGUUACCCUUGAUGAGAAAAUGAGGCCAAGUUGCCCAGACAUUUUAUAUGAAAUUGAAGAAGAAACAUCCAUUUUCAAUAAACUUGAAUUUGACCCUCUGGAUAAGAACUUCAUCUAUCUAUCAUCUAAUGAACAGCUCUGGAGAGUACAAGUUGCAAACUGCAGUAAGUAUGUUUCCUGUAAAGAGUGUUUAUCUGCAAUGGACCCAUACUGUGGAUGGUGUCAUUUGAACAAAAGGUGCACUUUAAAAGAAGAAUGUCCAGCUAACUUAAAGAACUGGGUAGACAUUUCUGAAGGAGCUGAUAAAUGCCUGAAAAUCUAUAUAUCUGGUACUUACAGAGGUGUGAUUACUGUGACUUCAGUGGGAAAUUUUUCAGACCUUUCUAAAAGAGAUUCCAGUUGCAAGGUGGUUAAUGCACAGACAGACAAAACUCUUUGUGAAAAUAAGAGUCAAGAUACUAGAAGUUGUUCCUGUUCUCUGCACUCUGAAGCUGUAACUGACAAAGUUCAAGUAUUACUCAUUUCUGGCUCUCAGAAUUUAUCAGAAGUUUUUGAAUUUAACCACUGCUCUUUAGAGAAAACAUGCUUAGAAUGUGGAAGCUCUGGCUGCACUUGGAAUGCAAGAGAACAAAUAUGUGUCUCCUCUGAUGUGACCUGCAAACAAAAGAUUGAUUGUGCCAUGCUUAUCAAUGCUUCAGACAAGAAAUAUAUCGCACAAAGUUUAAAGCCUAUGAACAUUACUCCCUUUGGACCCAUGUGGAUAUCAACAUUAGGCAAAAGUGAAUUAUUGAUCAAAGGAGAAAAUUUCACAGCAUCAAAUAUUGUGAUGGAGAUAAGUGGUACUAGUAGCUGCAAACCAGAUACCAUACCUGUCACUGAAGUACUAAACGACUCACUUGUGAAAUUCUGUGUACCUCCAAGUCACAAAGAAACCAAGAGUAUAUGUAUAAAGGCAGAUGGAUUUAAAUGUUCGCUUCCUGUGCCAGUAUACUAUGUCUCUCUCCCAGUAUGUUCUAGGGUCUUUCCAGAUAUCUCCUGGUUAAGUGGAGGUCGCAAUAUAACCAUAUUUGGAAAUAAUCUAAAUGUGACAGAUAGGGUGAUUAUUUCAGAUAAACACGGACAAAUUUUGCAUAAUUUUUCAUGUUCCACAGGUAAUACUACGUGUCAUUUUCAGUCUCCAGAGUUUGCAUCUAAGGAAGAGCCUAAAUUAACUUAUCUUAAACUAGAAAUAGAGAAGAAACGUAUAGACUGCUGUACUUUAAAGUAUGAUCUUGAUCCUAAAUUUAUUCACUAUGAACUGGCAACAGAUAUGGAACCUGAGCUGGAGUUAAAAAUACAUAAAAAAAAUGAUAAGCUAAAUAUUUCAGAAACUGAGAUUGAUGUUGUUCUAAAUUAUGGCAGUAUCAUGAAUAUAACUUUCACUGUCCUAAAUAUUACUACAACUGAAAGUCGUAGUACUAUUCACUGUAGAGGAAAACGGGAAAAGAAUGUAAAUAAUAGCAAGAUUGAUAUGUCCAAGGUGAAAGUUUGGGUGAAAGUAGGAAACCGUGAGCAUAUAGUUCCAAACGAAUCAUCCAACUAUUCAUUUCUGUUCAUUCUUUGUAUCAUCCCUGUUGUAAUUGGGGUUGCAGGCUUUGUUAUGCAAAGAAAAUCCAAGCAAUUAAACCGCAAACUGAGUGAACACCUGGAGCUUUUAGAAUGUGAACUUCGCAAAGAAAUACGUGAUGGAUUUGCUGAACUACAGAUGGAAAAAUUGGAUGUGGUUGAUAGUUUUGAAACGAUCCCCUUCCUUGACUAUACGCACUUUGUUCUUAGAACUUUUUUCCCAGAGUCUGACAACUUGACAUCUAUCUUUAUUGAAGACACUAAUCAACCUCUAAGGAGCAACCCACGUAGCAAGGAUGCAAAUACUCCAGACUUGUUUUCAUUAAUUUGUAAUGAGAAUUUUCUUGUUGUGCUGAUACACACUCUUGAAAAGCAGAAGACAUUCUCUGUGAAAGACAGGUGCCGGUUUGCAUCUUUUUUGGCAAUUGCCCUGCAAACAAAGCUAGUCUAUUUAACCCAUAUUCUAGAAGUUUUGAUGAGGGACUUGAUGGAACAGUCUAGCAAUAUACAACCCAAGCUUAUGUUAAGGCGUACGGAAUCAGUAGUGGAAAAGCUGUUGACAAAUUGGAUGUCUGUUUGCCUGUCAGCUUUUCUUCGGGAAACCGUUGGAGAAUCAUUCUAUUUGCUUGUAACAACACUCAAUCAAAGGAUAAUUAAGGGUCCUGUAGAUGUAAUAACAUGCAAGGCCUUGUACACACUAAAUGAAGACUGGUUAUUAUGGCAAGUAACUGACUUCAGCACAGUGGCAUUAAAUGUAGUCUUUGAAAACCCUCCUGAGAGUGAACAUGAAGACACCAUUCAGAAUAUACAGGUUAAUGUUCUGGAUUGUGACACCAUAGGACAGGCUAAAGAGAAGAUUCUGCACACCUUUCAAAACAAGAAUGGAUCUCUUUAUGGUCUCCAGCUCAACGAAAUGGGUCUUGCCCUUCAUUCAGAUACAGAAGCAAAAGAACUUCUAGACAUAGAUGCUUCCUCUGUAAUUCUGGAAAAUGGAAUUACCAAGUUGAACACCAUAGGCCAUUAUGAGAUUUUAGAUGGAGCCAUUAUUAAGGUCUUUCAAAGGACAAAUCUCUUACCAGAUAUGGAAUACUCUUCUGAAAACUAUUGCCAUCUGAUAUUACCAAAUUCUGAAGCUGCCAAAGAUGCACAUGGUGCAAAACAUAAAGGAAAACAAAAGUUUAAAGUUAAGGAGAUGUAUCUCACCAAACUCCUAUCUACCAAGAUUACAAUUCACUCAGUUGUGGAAAAGCUCUUUAGGAGCAUAUGGACUUUGCCCAACAAUAAAGCCCCAAUUGCUGUAAAAUAUUUUUUUGAUUUUUUGGAUGCUCAGGCUGAAAAUAAAAAAAUUACAGAUCCUGAUGUGGUUCAUAUAUGGAAAACUAACAGUCUUCCUCUUCGUUUCUGGGUGAACAUAUUGAAGAAUCCCCAGUUUGUCUUUGACAUUAAGAAAACUCCACAUAUUGAUGGUUGUUUAUCAGUCAUUGCUCAAGCAUUUAUGGAUGCCUUUUCUCUGUCAGAACAGCAACUAGGGAAGGAAGCACCAACAAAUAAACUUCUUUAUGCUAAGGAUAUCCCAUUGUAUAAAGAGGAGGUUAAAGCAUACUAUAAAGCAAUAAGGGAGUUGCCUUCACUGUCUGCUUCAGAUCUAGAAGAAUUUUUAACUCAGGAAUCAAAGAAACAUGAAAAUGAAUUUAAAGAAGCAGAGGCAUUGACUGAAAUUAACAAAUACAUAGUAAAAUACUCUGAUGAAAUACUGAAUAAAUUGGAGAAAAAGCAAGAACUGGAAGAAGCAUGGAAUCAGCUCCUGAAUAUAAGAGCUUUGGCUGAUGACAAGAAAAAAUGCCAAUGGAAAGUAGAAGAGGUGAAUGAUCCAUAAAUAUGAUCGAAGGAAUUUUGAAAACUGCUGCUUCAAUUCAAGAAGUAAAAUUAUUGGCCCUAUCCAUUUCUAGCCUAACUAGUUGCACACAGCAGCUAUUGAUUCCAGAUGGGAAAAUACAACCCAAGUUGUAGCAGAAGUUUAAUGUAUGACAUGGCCUAAAGAAGCACUUCAUUGCAGCUGUAGACACGCAUGCAGAUGCACAUCUGCACAGACAAUUUCUACUGCAAAUGGAGCUGCCUUGUAGAGUGAAAAAACUGGCAGUGUUUUAAGACAUUAUGUAUGACUUUUAUCAUGGCAAGUAUUGUUUAUAUAUGUAGGGUUUUUAAAAACUAUGUCCUAGAGCUACAAACCUUCCGUAAAUUAGUCUCUUUCCAUUUUAUUUACCAAGUGGUGCUUUCUAGGGCAGCUUGCCUAAAUAGUCUGUAUUCUCUCUGAGCUAUGACUGUUCAAUGUUGGCCUUAAAGUUCUUCUCAGUUAUUUCUACAUAAGCACAAAUACAUGUUCCUCUUGCACAUGGCCUGUACCUUAAAGGUCAAUGAGCCAGUGCGAGCAAGGUCCAAGAUGACUUCAUCUGGCUGGACAGUGUAGUGCAUUUAGGCAGGGGUGACAGAAAGGAGGAAGGAAGAAGUACCAUAUAUUCCUAUGAGAAGGUUUUUCUAUAUCCCCUUAUGCAGAAAGAGUCCUUCUUAACUCUACUUUCCAACCAAUAAUGGCCACUUGUGAUGAAAACUCAGGUGAGAUAAGGGUUGAAUAGUACCAUACAGAGAUCAUAAGUAUAAUGUAGAAAUGUGUAAUAUUUCCAUCCACUUCUUUCCUGGCCUGUCACCUUGAGAUCCGUACUGGUCAGGUUCUCUGCCUUCCUUUCAGUAGGCUAUGAAAGAAUGCAGGUCAAGGCACCCAUAACAUUCACUGCUGCAUACUGACCAGAGUAGGCAUUAGAGGAGCCACUGGAAUAACUCUCUUCCAUGACACCUGUAAUAUCAGGAAAGGCAAAAAAAGGGGCUUAUUUGCCUUUUACCUGCUGGAGUGUGCAAAAAUGUCAUCAAACUAAUAAUAGUCAAAAAUAGCCAUUUCAGUUAAAAAUUAGCUUUUUCUGACUCAGUUUGGUGAAGAGUUCCUUAUUAACCUUAUAUAAACUACUGUGAGUACACAUAGUAUUGUACAAUGAUUGGCUGAUUUUAUAUUUACAGAGUAUUACAUCAUUCAAAGAAACUAAAUAAUGGUGUAUUACAGGGAUGGACACCAUGUAGCACACUAAAUGAAGCUGCAUAAAACAAAUUGAGCAUACUUUAAAAUGUUUAUAAGGUAAAUAGCUCCCAUGCGUACAAUACAUAUUAGCUGCACUAUAAAUAGAACACCUGCCCUGUAAAAUUUAAACAACUCUAUAAGAAAUGUAAAUGCAAAUGGUAAAUACAUUCAAUAUUUAUGUAAGAUGUUAUAUUUCAAAUAAAAAUAUUUGAGAUUUA